AUGGCACAAGGCGGCUACAUACCAACUGAACGUUUUCUAGACGUCAACUAUGAGCCACAACAACGUCUCUCACCCAUACAAGGUUAUGAAUUAAAACCACUUGUCUCUCUCGAAGAAGCCGUCCGUCCUUUGGAAUCUCUAAUAUCUAAUAUACAAGGCUUUGUUUGGACCGCAACGGGCAACAGUCCACAAGAAAAAGACGGGCUUCUGCCAAAUGAACGUGCUGCAAUUUAUCUCUAUACAAUGGAAUGCUUGUAUCGUCAACUGAACGCUGCGCUCAGGAGUGAAGAUCGACAAACACUUAUUCCUUACUUUUCAUAUUUGAAGUUAUUUUUAACUGCUCUAUGGAAGUUACCAGAUGUCCAAGAUACAGUGUGGCGUGUCGACCAACGAGGAAAUGAAAAAUUUCCAAAGAUCCAGCCCAAUAUUAGCCACGUUCAAGAACUAUGUUGGUCGUCAUAUUUAAAUGAAUUUCUUUUCCUAUCGUGGCAUCCUGAUUACGGACUUUACUCAACAGAUAUAAAUGGUGGUAGUCAUACUCAACAACGAUUGAAACUAAUUAAAGAUUUUAGUAGAAAACAAAGUAGUUGUUGUGCAUGUUAUCAGAAAACAUUCCUUCUAUCUACCAAAGGAUAUCCAUCAUUUAUUGAAGAAUAUGCGAUGUCUAAUUGGCAAUUAAAUCGAACCAUUUCUUGUGCAGAAAAUCAAUUUAUUAGUAAUAUGCAAUACACAAGCGAUGGUGCAUAUCUCGGUGUCAUUAUGUUUACAAAAAACAGGUUAGAAUACGAGAUCUAG